CGAGAGUUUCUGGAGGAAAAUACUCCUCCUCAGUCUGUGUCAGGUGCUCGAGUGAUCAUCGCGAAGGGCUGUGCUUGUGGGCAAUAUCGUCUUGAGGAGUUUUAGUGAAAAAUGGCGAGCAACACCCAAGGAAUCCAGCAAUUGCUGGCGGCUGAAAAGAAGGCUGCCGAGAAGGUUGCCGAGGCGCGAAAACGCAAGGCUCGUCGCUUGAAGCAGGCCAAGGAUGAGGCCACGGAGGAGAUUGAGAAAUACAGGGUGGAGCGAGAGCAGCAAUUCAAGGAUUUCGAGGCCAAGCAUGUAGGAUCCCGCGAGGGUGUCGCCAUCAAGAUCGAUGCAGACACCAGGGCGAGGGUGGACGACAUGAACAGGACCGUGGCGAAUCACAAGGAGAGCGUGAUCACGGAAAUCCUCAUGCACAUCCAAGAUAUUCAGCCUGAGUUGCACAAGAACUUCAAGAACACAGCCAAGUAGAGUCCUGAACGCCCUGAAACGCAUUCCGUAGACGUAGACUCAGAUUCCUCAAAUUCAAUGUACUUCUCUGUAAAAAUUGUAUAAAAAUAAACAGUAUUGUGUGAAGGGA